AGAGUACGAACAGAUAAAAACACAGCAAGAUUACUUUUUAAAAAUUACAAUAAUUUAUUAAUUUUUUAAGUUUUUAAUCCCAUUCAAAGUCAUUAAAUACCUCAUUAUGGAUGAUAAAGAAAUGUACGAAAGUUUAAUAAAAUGGUUAAAAAUAUUAGAGCUUUCUGGGCCUUGUGAUUCUGCGUUAGAUUUAUCCAGUGGUGUUGCAUUAGGUGAACUUUUAGCUCAAUUAGCACCUGAAUACUCUCCAAAAGUGAAAAAUAUUGGUUCUGAUGAUAAUUGGAGAUUGAAAGCGAGCAAUUUAAAGAAGAUCGUUGAUAGCAUUGUACUUUAUUAUAAUGAUGUUCUUGAUCUAAGCCUAGAGGCUCAUUUAAAGCCGGAAGUGAUAAAAAUUGCAGAAGGAAACGAUGCGAAAGAACUUGAGAAACUUUUGAAGUUAAUCUUAGGGUUGGCAGUAAACUGCAACGAUAAACAAACAUAUAUUACACAGAUUAUGGAAAUGGAAGAAACUGUCCAACAGAAUAUCAUGAAAGCUCUUCAAGAUAUCGAAAAUAUUGGUGGCUCCGCUUCGGCUCGAAAUUCGCUCAAUAUCCAAAAUGAUAUAAAAGAUGACCGUGAGAUUCUUGCACAAAAAUGUCAUGAGAAAGAAAAUCAAAUUGCAAUAAUGAUCGAAGAAAAGAAUUCAAUGCUACAAGAAAUUCAGAAACUUCAAAUUAUGUUGGAGAAGUAUGAAAAUCCAGCAAUAAUUGGAGAUGACGGAACAUCGCUUGGUAAUCCCGUGCAAGGCUCUGUUCGUUAUAACGACCUUAGAAAACAAGUUGAACAACUCAAAAAUGAUUUAAUUUUAUCGGAAACUGUCAAAGAAGAUCUAAAAAUGAAGUCGGGUCAACAAGAGAAACAAAUUCAUGUUCUUCAAAUGAAAAUUGACGAGCUUAAUAAAGCGAGCAGUGAGCUUUCACAAAUGAAAGACGAAUUUGAUAUUCUAAGAGAAGCAAGCGAAAAAUCGAAAAUUUACGAAUCACAAUUAACAACGUACAAGAAAAAGCUCGAAGAUUAUAACGACUUGAAACGACAACUCAAACAGUACGAAGAUCGUGCUGCUGAUUACUUGAAGCAGAAUCUUCAAUACGAAUCAGAGGCAAAAAAGCAAUCGGGAUUAAAAGGUCAAGUAGAGCUUUAUAAAAAAGAACUUGAAGAGCUUCAUUCAAAACUCGAUUCCGAGAUGCAAAAAACAGUAAAAGCCGAGUUUGAUUUACAAGUAAUGCAAACAAAAAUUGCCGGUCUUCAAAGAGAAAGAGACAAUUUAUUGACACAACGCGAUGUGCUACAAGAGAAAGUCGAUGAACUUCGAUGUCGUCAAGGUGGAACUGGUGAUGAGGAUGAUUCAGCAAAUAUGUCACGUGAACUUUUUGGUGAUAAUUUGAAAGAGAAAAUAACGCGACUUGAAGCUGAGAACAAAGCGUUAAGAGAAGGUCAAGGAGGACAAACAGCUCUUUCUGAUUUAUUGAAUGAUGCUAAUCAGCGUAAUGAGAAAUUAAGAGAACAAUUAAAAACAGCAAAUCAGAAGAUUUUACUUCUAAAAUCGCAGAAUAUCCCAGAGGAUGAGAAGAAUAAAAAUGGAAAUGCUGAGCUUCGAGAAAUAUGUGAAACACGAGAACGUUUGUUGGAAGAAGCUCAAAGUCAAAUCACUAAUUCACAUACAAAAGUUCGUCAACUUGAAGCAUCUUUGGAAAGCAAGAAUCAAGAACUGUCUGCGCUUGAAGCGAAGUACAGAAAAUGUCUAGAGAAAGCCAAAGAAAUGAUAAAAGGCCUCGAUUCUCGCUUGCUUGGUGAUCACAUAAGUUGUGAAGUAGCGUCUGGGGAAUCUCAGGAACAGGACGUUAUGUCAGUGGUAGAAACUCGAUUGAUUGCAUCAGCUUUCUACCGAAUGGCCCUGAAUGUUCAGAAAGAGUCUGUCGAUUCUCGACUUGCAUCAUUAAGUCAGGGACAAAGUUUUAUGGCAAGACAACGACAACCGGCAGCACGAAAAAAUAUGAACUUUAAAAAAUGAGUUCCGAUUAUCUCAUUGACUGGUAUUCAUCCAAUAAUUGUCUGUAAGAAGCACCAAAAUUUAUCAUAAUAGCUCAUUAACUAAAAUUUUCUUAUUUUCACUUUCGAUGUUCACUUUUAAGUUGUGAAGUUUUUUUAAUGUGUAUCGAUAUAACAAUUUUUAUUUCUAUGAUCAAAAUUUAGAAAAAAGUUUUUCCAAAUAUCUUUGAGAGAUGGUUUAUAAUAAAAGUUUUAAAAAUUUAUAGGUA